AUGCCAGCUAAUAAAACCACAAACAAAACCAGAAAUUCCAGUAGCAAAAGAGCAACCUCAAUGGACACAACAGUACAACAAGUUGCUGAGAAUGAGGAGGUCCAAGCCUUGAUGAAGAUCCUCGGAUUGGAACAAGGUAGGACCUAUGAUUCAUUAAGCAACUUGGAGUACGGAAGUUUAUUGAUCAUGACCGAUCAAGAUCUUGAUGGAAAUCAUAUCACCGGUCUGAUCAUAAACUUCUUAGGUUGCCUAUUCCCUUCAUUUUCAAACAAUGGAAAACUUGCAAUGACAAUGGAAAAUGAUGGAUUAUUAAGUACUAUGAGGGACUUGGAAAUAGCACCUCUGAUGAAGCCAAAGAAUACUUCGACAACUUGGAUAGACAUGUUAAAAAUUCAAGCUGAUAAACGUAAAACUUGGAUCCUAUAUCAACUACUUGGCUAA